CGCCGCCAGCCAGUUACCGACUGGACGCCGUCCGCGAACGGAACCGAGCGCAGCCGAACGCGAGUGGAACCCGACUCCGCAGGUCGACGCACGCACAGUAGCGAGCAACAGAUGCGGCAGAGAUGACGGCAUCAUCGACGCCUCAGUACGAGCUGGUGCCCCCUGACGGCGGCUGGGGCUGGAUCGUCGUUCUGGGAGUUUUUCUCAGUCACAUGACGUGCCAGUCGCUGAUUUCCGUCUUCAGCCUUCUGUUCGGUGACAAGCUGACGUCCAUGGGGCACGAGACGACGAGCGCAGCGCUCAUAAUGAACAUCAUGAGCGCCGUCACCAACUUCUCAGGACUCUUCACGGGCCCGCUGCUCAAGAAGUACACGAUGCGUCAGGUGGCCAUAGCUGGCGGAGUCUUGGUGUCUGCGGGGCUCAUCCUCACCAGCUUCGCCAAUUCCCUCUGGCACAUGAUCGUCACCUACAGUAUUAUUGCAGGUCUGGGUCUGGGCCUGGUGACGCCGUCCAACUUCCUGGCGGUGAAGACGUACUUCCGUAAGGCGCGCGGCCGCGCCGUGGGUCUGUCGCUGGCGGGCACCAACGCCGGCCAGAUGGCGAUGCCGCACGUGGUGCGGCUGCUGCUGGAGACGUUCGGCUUCAGCGGCGCCGUGCUGGUGAUCGGCGGGCUCACCAUGCACGGCUUCACCGGCGCGCUGCUCUUCCACCCGCUGGAGUGGCACGCCGAGCGCCAGCCCGUGCCGCAGGAGCUGGAGCCGCUCAAGGCCAACGGGAACAACAACAACGACGGCGACAAGAAGGAGGGGGAGAGGGAGCCCGACAAGAAGGACGGCCUGCUCUCCCCCAAGAGGCAGGGCCCGCGCCGCAACGCGUCCGCCGUGUCACUGGCCAGCUCCAGCACCGGCGACGUAAUCGACAUCGAGAUCGACGAGCGGAAGCGGCCGCAGCUCACCACCACAGUGGAGGAGGCCGGCGAGGAGGAGGCGCAGGAGACCAGGCUGGAGCCCAAGCGGCGGACGCUGCUGCAGCGGUUCGUGGCGUUCAUGGACCUGGACCUGCUGAAGGACCCGGUGUUCCUGAACGUGACGAUCGGUACGGCGGCGGUGUACACGACGAACGUGAACUUCAACAUGCUGCUGCCGUUCUACCUGCACAACGGCGUGCGGCUGACGCUGGCGCAGACGGCGCUCUGCAUGUCCUUCAUGGCCGGCGGCGACUUCGUGUCGCGGCUCACGGUGCCGCCCGUGACGGACAAGAUGCAGGCCAAGGCGCGCUACACCUUCCUCGUGGGCGCCAUCUUCCUCGCCGUCCUGCGGUCAGCCAUCGCCAUGACGAGCGACCUGGUGGCGCUGUGCGUCAUCUGCGCUCUGUGCGGCUUCUCACGCGGCUCCGUGGUGGUCAACAUCAACCUGUGCGUCUCGGAGGCCUGCGUCGACGAGAAGGUGCCCGCCGCAGUCGGACUCAACAUGGUCUUCAAGGGCAUCUCCAUACUCACCUUCGGCCCUCUGCUCGGUUACGUCCGAGACGAGACGGAGAACUACCCGCUGUGCAUGCACAUCCUGUCGCUGCUGAUCCUGGUGACCAUGUUGUGCUGGCUUGGCGAACUGAUCGUCCUCCGCUUCCGCCGCAAGAGAUGAUUGCGUCCUGUUGACGACCACGAAGCCUUUAGUUGGGACGGUGCUCCAAUCUACUGGACAUGACGGCGGAAGCUCGCUGUGGCACACAAGGACUUGGAUGGGCCUGUGGGCUGUGUGAUCCGCCGUCAUGUGGACUCCUUAGUGACGCGAACUUGCCUAUAGUCAAGCGUGGAAACGUUAUUGACUGCCUUGUCUCCGCCCAGUAAAACCCGAGCAAGGUGUAGUACUUAACAUACUGCCAUUACAUGGAAUCUAUGGACGAAUGGUCCAAUAACAAAUGUUGAAGAGUAAUGGAAAGUAUGAGCAGACUUCUCAAGAAACACCACUGUUUUCAUCCAAGUUCUAUGACGUGACUGUAACGUGGAUGCAACGUGCAGUUGUGGAAAGCCAGCUAAAUUAGUUGAGAGUGUAUUACAUAUAUGGGCUCCGUGGGAUUAUACUUCAGGUACAGCUGCUGAAAUUCUUGAGAAAAAUAUUGGGAAACAAUUCAUUGUAUUGAAAUUGAUAAUUAUGGAGUAACAGCAUGAGUGAUGGAUGUAUUUGUUCUGAGGAGAGACAGCAAUGUAAAUCCAUUAUAAAUGUUUUCCGAAGGUAGUUUAUGAGAUCACGUCAAAUUGAUUUUAGAUGUUCAAUACAGAGGUCUCUCUUUUGUCCAAAUAAUCCUACUCAGCUUAUGUUCAGUAGACCACAUUUAUGUCGUUGAACUGUUUGUAACUGAAGUGUCUUUCAAAGGCGUAAUUUUUCUAUUGUAAUUUAUAUGACGGGCUGCAGAUUUAGAAUUUAGAAGCCGAAUCUUUUCCUCGUUGGCAACAUACAGGAACGACAAGAGUUUCUGCUACGAGUUUGUGUUAAUAGUGACUGUAAAGAUUCUUAUGACGUGUUGUCGAAUCCUGAGACACAAUAUCGUAGUUAAAUUAACUGAAGUGCCUUUUUUAACUGAUAUAAGUGGUGUUGUGUUCACAUGUGAGAAGUUCCAACGAAUCACAGCAAGUUUCCGGAACAAUUUUGACAAAACUCGGUGGAUGCACCUAUCUCUAAGCUCUACAUCAAAACACUAUUUAUAUUAAUUGUUAUCAAAGGGGCUUCAAUUGUAAUUUUAUUUCUUUUCUCCUGUUAAACAAAUGUUUGUGUUUGAAGAUGUAAAUUCAUUCUCUUCUUUGGCCAACACUGACGAUUAUUGAGCACACACAAUAAGUCAAAAAUGUUUGGGUUUCAGCAGGAGUGUUACAGCUAAUUAAAUACUGUAACUGUAUCUGCCAUGUUCAAAAGGACACAUUCAUUUUGUGUUUCAAAGAAUACCAUAUUGCUUCAGUGGAGGGUAUGUGGAUAAAAGAAAUCAUGUACUAUUAAUAAGUUCACUUUUUAUCGAUUCGUUUCCAAACAAAUUUUACGUUAAUGGACAUUUGUGUAUCAUCGCUGCAUUUACUGAAAAUUUAUUGUCUCUGAGUGGACUGUUGUGGAUUCUUGUUAUAUAUAAAUCACUUCAGGGUACCAAUAAUUUAUAUUCUGUGAGACAGUAUUAUUGUAAUUUAUCUAUAUCAAGAAUGAUAUUCGUUUUUCAAACUUACAGUUGUAAAUGAAACACACAUAAGUGCACUGCUGGUUGGACAGAGAUAAGAUUAAGUAACAGUUGAUAAAAUCAGUCUGUAGCCAAAUGUUUCAUGAUGCAAACAAUAGCAUAAAUGUAUUAUGUUCCUUUGCAAGAAUUCUGUAAAAAUACAGUGGAUUACGCUGAAAUAUAAUUAUUCACCUAUUUUAAUAAAAUGCAAAAGUGUGCAUUCUGGACAGUAGUUCUGCAUAAUGUGCAGCCUUCUGGAUGCAUACACAAAGCUUUCUCAGCCAGCAUAAGAAACAGUAAGCAAAUAAAUCGGUUAUUUUAA